AUGAGUGUGAUCAUCAUCGGCGCCGGUUUCUCGGGAAUCUAUUGCGGCGUUCGGAUACCAGAGCGACUACGCAACGUGAAACUAACCAUAUAUGAGAAGAACUCCGGGAUUGGUGGCACUUGGCAUGAGAACCGCUACCCGGGUUGUGCUUGCGACAUUCCUGCACAUUCAUAUCAGUACACAUUUGCACCCAACCCGAAUUGGAGCCGGUUUUACGCCCCCGCGGCAGAGAUAUGUAAAUAUCUGGAGUCGGUUGCGGAACGAUAUUCUGUGAACCGAUUCAUCAAGACUCUACAUAAAGUAACCAACGCAAAGUGGAAGGAGGAUAUCUCAAAGUGGGAGGUUACGAUUAAGAAUUUGAAAACUGGAGAGACUAUAGUUGAUAUAGUCGAUGUUGUCAUCAGUGCGCGGGGAAUGCUAAACGAACCCUCUUGGCCAGAUAUUCCAGGAAUCCGUGAAAUGAAAAUCCCCGUACUUCACUCAGCUGUAUGGAAUGAUAGUAUUACUUUUGAAGGGAAAAGAAUUGGCAUUAUUGGUGGCGGAAGUAGCGCCAUCCAGAUUAUUCCUGCUUUGCAGCGAGUAUGUGGCACGCAUUUAAGCUGCUUUAUCCGGAGCACGACAUGGAUCUCCAGACCCUUUGGAGAUUCCGCAUUGAAGACUCUUGGAUUAGGAAGCACCGAUUUUUCUCCGGAGCACAAGGCAAAAUUCACCAAUGACCCUCAAUACUACCUGAAUUUUCGAACCAUUAUCGAGAGAGACGGCAACUCUGCUCAUUCUCUUACCUUCAAGGACUCAGAAACGCAGAAGCUCGCUCGUGAGGAUUUUACAGCGCUUAUGAAAGAAAAGUUGGCAAAGAAACCACACAUCCUUAAAGCUUUAAUGCCAAACUUUAGUGUGGGCUGCCGAAGGCUGACACCUGGGCCUGGUUAUCUUGAAGCACUUGGUGAAGAUAAUGUCGAUUUCAUCAAUACACCCAUUUCCGAAGCUACAGACACUGGUCUUGUGCUACAAAAUGGAGAAAUCAAGGAGCUGGACGUUUUGGUUUGCGCAACUGGUUUUCAGACUUCGGCGCCGCCACCUUUCUCGGUGGUUGGAAAACAUGGUCAAACCAUGAUGAAGAAGUUUGACCCGUACCCUGAGACGUAUCUAUCUCUGGCUACCGACGGCUUUCCUAAUUAUUUCAUGAUGCUAGGUCCUAAUGCAGCCAUUGGCACGGGACCACUUACGACCAUGAUCGAAAAGACGGGGGAUUACAUUAUCAAAUGUAUACGGAAACUCCAAAAGGAGAAUAUCUCGAGCAUGGAACCAAAGUCCGCCCGUGUGAAAGACUUCUCAGAAGUCAUUGAUAGGUACUUCAAAGAUACCGUGUAUAUCGACAAAUGCAGCAGUUGGUAUAAGAGCGAGGGUGGCAAGGGAGACCGAAUUGUGGGAAUCUGGCCGGGUAGUGCUUUGCAUGCACUGGAGACUCUGCGGUCACCACGCUGGGAAGAUUUCAAUUAUGCAUACAAUGAAGAGACCCAGGCUAACCGGCUAUCAUGGCUUGGAGACGGUUGGUCUGCUCCUCAGGUCAACCCCGAAGAUGGCGAGCUGGCACAUUUCUUACAGCCGGCAUUUGUAGAUUUACCAGCGUCGCCAUACCCGGAAGAGACUGUUGAGUAUAGACAGCUCCCGUUCUCACAUUAA